GUGUCCGUGUUGUUAUGUACACCUCCAAAAACAGUUCAGAUCUGUAGGGAGUUGUUGUAAACAGCUACAGGGUAGCAGUAUCAAUAGCUACUGUAGACGCAUUUGCUCUGUUAAAAUGAGUAAGAGAACGGGCAGUGACACACCACUAGGAAGGGUGAGUGGGGCAGCAUUUCCUUCUCCCACUGCUGCUGAGAUGGCAGAAAUUAGUCGAAUUCAGUAUGAAAUGGAAUACACCGAAGGUAUUAGUCAGCGAAUGAGGGUCCCGGAAAAAUUAAAAGUGGCGCCAGCAAAUGCUGACCUGGAACAAGGAUUUCAAGAAGGAGUUCCCAAUGCCGGUGUUAUUAUGCAAGUCCCAGAGAGGAUCGUUGUUACAGGAAAUAAUGAAGACAAUUCAUUUUCAAGACCAGCAGAUCUUGACCUUAUCCAAUCCACUCCCUUUAAACCUCUGGCACUGAAAACACCACCACGAGUGCUCACACUGAGUGAAAGGCCGCUAGAUUUUCUGGAUUUAGAAAGACCACCUCCAACUCCUCAAAAUGAAGAAAUCCGAGCAGUUGGCAGGCUAAAAAGAGAACGUUCUAUGAGUGAGAAUGCUGUUCGCCAGAAUGGACAGCUGGUCAGAAACGAUUCCAUUGUGACACCAUCGCCACCACAGACUCGGGUCUGUCCUCCCCAUAUGCUACCUGAAGAUGGAGCUAGUCUUUCCUCUGCCCGUGGCAUUUUGUCGCUUAUCCAGUCUUCUACCCGUAGGGCUUACCAGCAGAUCUUGGAUGUGCUGGAUGAAAAUCGCAGUGUGAGAAGACAAAAUGAGAUACGUUGUGAAAGACCUGUGUUGCGUGGUGGGUCAGCUGCCGCCACUUCUAAUCCUCAUCAUGACAACGUCAGGUAUGGCAUUUUUCAAACAUUAGAUGCAGCCAUUGAAGGUAGCAUCAGUACCGACAUGACUGUGGUAGAUGCCAGCUUCAUUAAGUACAUAAUCAAAUUAAAUAGACGUCUGCAACUUCUAGAAGAGGAGAAUAAAGAACGUGCUAAAAGAGAAAUGGUCAUGUAUUCAAUUACUGUAGCAUUCUGGCUGCUUAAUAGCUGGCUCUGGUUUCGACGCUAGAGGUAACCUCAGCAUUCACAUAUAUUGUCUCAACACCUGGAAAUAUAAAGGAUUUGCAAACUUCAUUGUUUCUGUCUUUGCAUUGUAUGCUGUUUUAGGGACCUGUUCUGUUACUGAUCUGCAUUCAGCUAGUUCUGCAGUGGCACCUACACACUCUCCUUUUGCAUGUUUUGUAAAUAGGCUCUUGGUUUGUUUGUUUGUUUUUAAAGAAAAUCAUUUCUUGGGGCCUCAUCAGUCUGUACAGCUAAUUUCUCUAAAGAGAAAUGACAGUCAUAAAGAGUGUGUUUAGAAAACUAUGUAAAAGAAAACAGUGUUUCUCCGAUGAUUAAUUUCUUUGAUAGAUGCUUUUUGUGUCUGCAUCACAACAUUAAUGCUAUUGAAGUCAUAGUCUGGUGCAGCACUUAAGAAAAAAUCAAACCACCUAAUUCUUGAUCACCUGUACAGAGGGCGUGUAAAAACUCCUAAUGAUUCAGCAGUUUAUCUGUGUGCAAUAUGUUGUUCUGAUUUUCAUCUUAGUUUUCUAUAAAAUAUGUUUUUUUCCAAGUCCGUGUGUGAAUGAUUUAAAAACUUAAAAAAUAAAGUAUAAAUGUAGUGUACUUAAUAAACUGUCAACCAAA